CCGUCUUGACGUCGGUCACUUGUUGAGCGGAGCGCACACACACAGGAAACCACGCAGCAAUAAUCUCAUUUUACAAACGAUACGUGUAUCUGUAGUGAGGGAGUGUUUCAUGUCAGUUUACAGCAGAAAUAUUUACAUUAAAUCAAACUGUUUCAUUUUUAUUUGAGUCUUUAAUUUUCUAAAGAAACGCCCAAACAGGCUGAACUACUGAUCUGGACUGAACCCUGCAGGACGCUCCGAACAAGUGAUUGUCAUCAUGUCUGGUGAAGAAGCUCCAACUCAGCAGGAACAACCUGAGCAGCAGCAGCAGCAGCAGCAACAGGAGCAGCAGGAGCAGAAACCCGACGACCCUCCGCCGCAGGAGCCCGGGAGCAGCCCUGCAGCAGCAGGGGAGAAGCCCCUCUCUUACCGGGCUCUGGUGCUGACCGGGUUCGGGGGUUAUGAUAAAGUCAAGCUGCAGGUGAAGACGCAGAAGCAGCCGCAGCUGGCGGCAGGAGAGGUCCUGGUGCGCGUCAAGGCGUGCGGGCUCAACUUCGCCGAGCUGAUGGGCAAACAGGGGCUGUACGAGCCGCUGCCCGCCCCGCCCGUCACGAUGGGAAUGGAGGGAUCCGGGGUCAUCGAGGCAGUCGGGGAGGAUGUGAAGGACAGGAAGGUGGGGGAUCGAGUCAUCGUAUUAACCCGCAGCGGCAUGUGGCAGGAAGUGGUUGUUGUGUCCGCCAACCAUACCUUCCCCAUGCCGGAGCAGAUGAGCUUUGAGGAAGGUGCUGCUCUCCCCGUUAACUACAUAACUGCCCACAUGAUGCUGUUUGAGAUGGCCAACCUGAGGCCGGGCAAGAAUGUGCUUGUCCACAUGGCAGCAGGUGGUGUUGGUAUCGCUGUCACCCAGCUGUGUCAGACUGUGCCAGAUGUGACCGUCUUUGGCACGGCGUCAGCCUCCAAACAUGAGACCAUCGCCCAGGGCGGCGUCACCCACCCCAUCGACUACCGCACCAAGGACUACGUGGAGGAAAUCCGCAAAGUCAGCCCGAAAGGAGUGGACAUCGUCCUUGACUCACUCGGAGGUUCAGACACACAGAAAGGCUUUAGUUUGUUGAAACCUUUGGGCACUCUUGUAGUCUUUGGCGUGGCCAAUUCUGUGACGGGCCAGAAGAAGAACCUGUUGGCCGUGGCGAAGACCUGGUACAACCAGCUCUCCCUCACCACGCUGAAACUGAUGCAGUCCAACAAGGCCGUCUGCGGCUUCCACCUGGGCUACAUCAGCGACGAGCAGCUCAUCAGCAGGACGAUGUUCGAGCUGCUGGAGCUCUACGGGCAGGGAAAGAUCAAGCCUCGCAUCGACUCGUGCUUUCACUUUGAGGAGGUGACUGAUGCCAUGAAGCGCAUGCACGAACGCCAAAACAUUGGGAAAGUCAUCCUUCUUCCUGAAGUGAAGAAAGAGGAAGAGAAGCCAAAGUCCAACCCUGAGCCGGUAGAAAAUGUGGAAAAAACUGAAGCUGCCGUCAGCGAGCAGAAGGAAGAAACCACAGAUGAAGUAAAAGCCGAGGAUUGAGUAAGAUGUUUAUUUGAAUGAUAUUUUCAAGCACUUCCUGAAUGAGUUCCCUAUUGUUCACUUGUCAAAAAAAAAAUGAAGAAGAAGAAAAGCAAGAUGACAUGAAAUGUUUGACUUUGUCAGUAUUUUCAAAUGUUUAUGGAGAUUUUGUUGUGCAAUAUGUCUAUAGUGUAGUGUCUGUGUUGGGAAUACUUGUGUUUUUAAAUAAAAAUUGAGUGUAUUCUGUGACAUUACGUGAGGAAUAAUGUAAUCUGAUUACAGAUGGAUGUUAAAUUUUAGGUCCCCAUGACAACAGCUCAGCAACAGCAACAAACCAGGGCCGGGAUCUAUGAAACUUGGUCGAAAAAAAUAGUCCUAUACAAGGACUCAUGAGUAAAAAAAAAUAUGAAUAAAAAGCCAGACUCUGAAGCUUUGAUUUUUCAUUUUAAAAAAAAAUCUUAAAUGAGUAUAAAGAAGAAUACUAAAGAAGUAUAAAGCAACAGCUCAAAGUGAGAACUAUGAAAGUAUUUAGUCGAUGACAUGCUUAAUUGUGCUGCAAAGGUCGACUAAAAAUGAGGCAUUUCCAUAAAAUGAUUACUGGCAAGCAGAGGCGGAGCAGGGUGCUGCUGCUGGAGCUCCAGCCCUGAAUGUUUUCUCAAAAGCCCCAAAUCUUUAAGGUUUUCAAAAAUACCAAAUUCUUCCCUGACCUAUGUUAUGUAAAAAAAAAACGUGUUAAAAACAGCAACAACAGACAAUUUUUGCCUCUUUUUAGGCAGCAGCAGAGAAAAUUAGUCCUCCUCAAGAUUUGUUUUGUUCUGGUUUCAGAAUGAUGAAAACAGUUGGAGAACAAUUAGAUUCAAAGCAAGGAAAAUAUAAAAGACAACCUGGUCUCACUCCAAAGUCGUCGUAAUCUGGCACUUGGGCAGUGACUUGUGGCAUCAGACGCUGACGAAAGAAGCUGUCCUUUAACGUCGGCAUGAUACGCUGCCGGUUGCCGUUAUAGUUUAAUGGCUCUUGGAGAACAUCGACUUUCAUCCAGGAGAGCGGUGUUCGCGUCCCGUAAGAUCCUAAUCCCAACCACGUGCUUUUGUUGCCUAAACCCAACCACGUAUGCUAGUUGUUGGAGGGAAAAAAAACCAUCAAUUUGCGUUGUUGUACUGAUGUAGUGCGUUUAUUUCGAAAGAGACUAUAUGUAAACGUUAAAUUUCCUGUGAAAAUGGAAGUGUAUUUUGAAAGAAGACAAUGCAUGUAACAGGCAGAACUUGACACGGCAUCCCAGAACAUCAAAAACCAACACACCCAGGGUACCUUUCACGUCGUAUCUGGAGAUAUGACCAAACAUCAAUAUGUGACGAGGUCGGAGUGAGAAUGUGUUGUAAAAGAAGCAACAGUCACAGCGACAGUGUCAGUGUUCGAGGAGCCAGACUGUGGUGUCAGUUGUAUUGGCGUCAAUGGGACAGGCACUGCAAAUCACACUUUAAAAGGAUAGUGCACCCAAAAAUGAAAAUUCAGCCAUUAUCU